AUGAUGGGGAAACUCCCCCUGGGAGUUGUCUCUCCUUAUGUGAAGAUGAGUUCGGGGGGCUGCACGGAUCCGCUGAAGUUCUACGCCACCAGCUACUGCACAGCCUAUGGUCGGGAGGAGUUCAGGCCCCGCAUGGGCAGUCACGAAGGCACAGGCUACAGAUCGAAUUACCGGCCAGUGGUCUCAUAUCAAGCCAGUCUCGAUGCCCUGGACAACCUAGCCAUGGGGGAACAAGUCCGGCACAAUUUCCAGACAGUGACCAGUCAGAGUUACCGCCCCCUGGAGGUGCCUGAUGGCCGACAUCCACUGCCCUGGAGCACGCACCAGACCAGCUCUGGGUAUUCUCGGGAGAAGGUCAAUGCGGCGCCGCCCACCAAGGAGGUGAGGAAGGUCCAUUUUGACACCCAGGACUACGGGCCUGACGCCAUCACGGGGCUGGAGCCCAAGGACGUGCCCCUGCUCCACCAGCAGCAGGGCAAGGGCUCGCCGGAGUGGGAGAAUGCCAGAUACGGCCCGCGCUUCAUGACUUCUGAGUAUAAUUCCAAGUAUCUCAAGGAGCCUUCAAACCAGCCAGAUCUCUUACAGAAGAAAUCCAUUGGCGCCAAGGAGGAGACUGGCUUCACCAAAGAGUCCACCAAGAACCCCAUCGUCUUCCAGCCGCCCUCCCAGGCCCUCCCUGGGGACCCGGUCCUCCUCCCCGGCCGGACUGUCACCAAGUCGGACUUUCUUCCCAUGACCCACCCUCAUGGGGACGAGUUCCUGCCCGUGCUGGCCAGAGGCUCCGAGCGGGAGACGGGCUUCAGCCGAGUGAAUGCGCGGAUUCUGAACCCCAGAGUGCCCCCUCCUGGCCCAGAACCCAACAGCACGACCCACCAUGAGUUCCAGCCCCCCCAGCGGAUGCAACAGACAAAUGUUGCCCUGCUGGGCCGGGAGACCGUGGGGAACAAGGAGCCCACAGGAUUCAGCCUUAACAACCCGAGCUAUGUCCGCAGCCCCUAUGACCGUGACAUGGAUAAUCACUACCUGACCACCUACAACCAAGGGUACUUCGAGAACAUCCCCAAGGGUCUAGACCGUGAAGGCUGGACUCGAGGUGGCAUCCAGCCCCAGAAGCCAGGAGGCUACGCCCUCAACCAGCCGGUCACUCGCGUGGAGGCCACGCCCAACCCCACGGAGAGCCUGCGGCACCUGCACCCCCACGUGGGAAGAACCCUGAUCUCAGCCGACCCCUUCUACCGAGCUGCACCUCACAGCAGCCGCUUCACCGUGCCCAGCUGA